AUGUCAAACACGAACGUCUACCUCGUCACGGGAGCCAACGGCUUUAUCGCCUCGUUUUUGGUCAAGCGACUAGUCGAAGAAGGUGCACACGUCAAAGCCACUGUUCGACGCCAAACGUCGGGGGACCGGGUCAAGCAGUCCAUUUCGCCGGAUGCUAAAGGCAAACUUGAAAUCCUUCUCACUCCAGACAUCACUGUCAAGGGAGCUUUCAAAACGGCGCUCAAAGAUGUGACGCACGUGUUCCACACAGCGUCUCCCGUGCCUGGACCGGGAAUGACAGAUACGAAGAAGCAUUUUCUCGACCCUGCACGUGCUGGGACUUUGUCGCUGCUACAAGACGCGAGGGAGACGCCCACUGUCCAAAAAGUGGUUUACACCUCGAGCUCGGCUGCGAUUCUCGACCUUUCGCGCAUCCACACGGGCAACACGCACACAGAGAAGGACUGGAAUCCCAUCACCUACGAACACUCGCUCGAGAUCGGAGAGAAAUUGAAGUCGUCCAACCCAGCCGAGGUGCAACAGGCGUGCUUUGGCGUCUACACCGCCAGCAAAAGGGUGGCCGAAGAAGCUGCGUGGGACUUUAUCGAGCAGUCCAAAUCCAGUUUUGCCUUUGUUGCGGUCCACCCGGUGGUAGUAAUUGGCAAACCCACCCUGCCUUGCGUAGGCAUCGAAGGCAGCAACGCGUUCUUAUGGAACACCCUCACCACCCGGCCCACCCAGGACCUGGCCGGCCCCUCAGCCUUCGUCGAUCUAGCCGACACCGUCGAAGGUCACAUUCAGGCGAUGAACAAGGACGAGGCCAAUGGAGGAAGGUUCUUGCUCACCGCGGGUUCACCUUUGCACCACGAAAUAAUCCGCUGGGCAAAGGAUAGGCAGGCGAGUUUGCCGUUUGACAAGGUUGAAGAGCCAGAGGAUGCCGAGGAUGUGAGAAGCAAGAUGACCAAAUUUGAUAAUACCCAGUCGACCAAGGUGCUGGGGAUCAAGUAUCGGAGCGUCAAGGAGAGUGUCGAGGCGUUUGCUGAUUGGGUGGUCGAGAGCGGUGUGGCCAAGCCUUAG